UGUGAGACCGGCAGCACUGAGAGAGGCCGCAGCUCGCGCAGGGGAACGAGAGCAGCGCGCGCACCGCCCGUUCACUGUAGUAUGGCAUCGAGGAGAAUGGAGACCAAACCCGUGAUAACGUGUCUGAAAACCCUGCUCAUCGUCUACUCCUUCGUGUUCUGGAUCACGGGGGCCAUCCUCCUGGCUGUAGGACUAUGGGGGAAGUUCAUGCUCGGCCCGUACAUCUCCCUGAUCGCUGAGAACUCCACCAACGCACCGUACGUCCUCAUCGGCACCGGGACCACCAUCAUCGUCUUCGGGCUGUUCGGCUGCUUCGCCACCUGCAGGGGGAGCCCAUGGAUGCUCAAACUGUAUGCGAUGUUCCUCUCGCUAGUGUUCCUGGCUGAGCUGGUGGCUGGCAUCUCUGGGUUUGUUUUCCGUCACGAGAUUAAGGGCACGUUCCUGAGGACCUAUAACGAAGCUGUGCUGAACUAUAAUGCACAGGAUGAAAGGAGUCUGGCUGUGGAUAACGUUCAGAGGAGUCUGCGUUGCUGUGGUGUGUUGAACUACACAAGCUGGUUCAAUAGUGUUUAUUUCCCCACUAACGGAAUUCCCCCCAGCUGCUGUGCCAACGUGUCUGACUGCAACCUCUCAGACCUGCGCAAUGUCACCAUAGCGACUGGCAAAGUGCACCAACAGGGCUGUUAUGAGUUGGUGACUUCCUUCAUUGAGACUAACAUGGGCAUCAUAGCUGGAGUGACGUUUGGCAUCGCCUUCUCACAGCUCAUCGGGAUGCUGCUGGCAUGUUGUCUGUCCCGGUUUAUCACGGCUAAUCAGUACGAGAUGGUGUAACAGAGUGGCCGUAGGAAGGUGUGAAGAGGGCAUAACAUCAUUUCAGAAACCUGGGGAGGAAACCCAACAUACUAGCACACUCCAGUCUUCUCUUCUUCUUCUUCUUCUUCUUCUUCUUCUUCUUCUUCGUCUUCUUCUUCUUCUUCUUCUUCUUUCCUUCUGUCUUUCUUUUGUCCUUCAUUUUUUCCUCUGCCUCGCUCUUUCCUGGUAGUGUAUUAUUCUUAACUGUGCAUUUUGUGUGCCAGCUUUCUCUUUCAGAAAUCCUUAACACACACACACUCACACACACACACACACACACACACACACACACACACUUCGCUCUGUACAAAGCCAUGCAUGUUGAAGCAGUUCCACUUAAAACCCACCUGCGUUUUUACCUGAACUUUAACAGACGUCGGUGCGUCGUAGCUGUAGUUCUUUGUCCGAUAAGGUUUUAAGAACAAUAAAUCGAAAUAAAUAUGAUGAAAGUAAUAGUAGUUUUUUCGUUGUCGUCGUUGCUGUACGUACUCUGUAGUGACGUCUUCGGAGGAGAAAGUUUACGUUUCUUUCCAUCUUGCCGCCAUUUUCCGAGUGCCAUAUUUUAAAACACCCGCCGGAGCUGUACAGAGUUUUUGUGCUCGUGUUGCCAUUCAGAAGCUCGUCCAGUCUCAGCGCUGCGGCUGUAGCUGGUGUGUGCUAGCAGGAUGGUGACGUGCGAAGGUAUAACGCUGUAACGCGUAAAAAUCUGACGUUUUCUUUUCGGUCCAAGAUCACUGCAGAAAAUAAAGUGCUCAGAUACGUAUAAGAUCUCCACAGGCAUGAGAGUGGUGUGUGUUCGACUGAGCUACCGAGACGCUGGAUUCUUCUAUGGUGAGACGUCCAUUCAUACUGCUGGCUCGGACAUUAGCAUGUGCUGUCUUUAGCUUGCCGUAAGUUCGACUAAUCAGGAUUAAAAACAAUGAAUUUUCUUCUGCAGGACAAAUGAGUUGCUACAUAGAGCUACAUAGACAUUAAUAUCUAAGACAUUAAUAUUGAAGUUUUUUUUAAGGUGGAUGUUUCUCCACCUUAAUCCAAGCUACAUAGAGCUACAUAGACAUUAAUAUUUAAGACAUUAUAUCAAACACUAGUGGAUUUUAGUUCCUGUGUUAAACACUCGGGCAUUAAAAUUACAGUCAGAAACGUUUGUUUGUUAAGAUGCCGAUGAGGAUUAAAUUCAACAGAAAAGUUUCAUGUAUGUUUUAAUUGACAUGAAACAAAAGGACCUGGACAUUUUGUGUGUGUUCACGUGAAGCAACUAAACUGGAAAUCUCUCGGUUCGGAAAUAUUUGCUAGUGAAAAAUUUUUCCGAUAAUUGAAUCGGAUCACGUGGCGUUGGCCAAGCUGACGGUCGGAGAAAACGGUGUGUGUGGAGUUUUCAUCGCCUGGUCAAGCGUCACCACACUGGCAGCUUUUUGAGUCAGUCAUGAGACUGAAACCAUCACGUAAUUUUCCACACCAAAACUGCUGAGUCUAAUUCUGACGUGAAACCACACGAGUCGCUUCCCAGCACACAAACAUGCUAGUGAGCAAUUUAUCUAGUUAACAACAAGCCUGCAGGUCAAAAAUCUAGGAUCUAUUUCAGUUCCAUUUUACGCUAUAUGAGAUACGCUAGUGAGCAAAUGUGGCUAGUCCGACGUUCUUGCGCUUCUUGAACUCGGCCGUGAUCUCGGACCGAACUCUGGCGUCUGAUAGUGUUCAGGUUGCCGGCUCCGCUUUUAAAAUCUGUGUUUGUGACAUUUUCAGUUUUGUUUUUGAUAUUCUUUCUGGUUUGUUUAAGAUUAAUAUGACGAUGUAACGACUUGUGUUCUAUAACGAAUUAUGCUUUUUACAGCCUCCCCUAGUCUCGGUGAGUCAUUACAGUAUUAAUUAGCGGAUAAAAGCGAUCAGAAGUCUGUGAAAACCCGGACAAGACAAACGGAUAGUGACACUUUGUAUAAUAAAAAUUUUUAAAAACGCAUCACCAGCUAGCAUGUGAGCAAAAAUGAUCUGUUAGUAUUGUAAACAACUGUGAUAUCUGUUAAUAAAAUGGUUCUUUCAUCGUUAACACCUAA